ACGUAGCCAUGGUAUCUCAUCAUAUGGCAUGGAUGUAUCCUUCUACGUGGUUGUUGAAUUUUAUCGAGCACUUAUUGUGUUGUGUAAUCACAUUGCCGUUACAAACGCGGAUAUCAAAAGGUAUACAAGAGGACCGUCGAGCACAGUGAACGGCGGAGCUCAGGGCGCACGUAAUCAUGUUGGAAAUCGUACUAAUGACGGUGAACCAGUGGGUUUCAACAGCGACGACAACGAUAACGAAGGAACUCGAAGGCGGCUAUAUGAGUUCGAAGGGGAAUGUGAGCAAAGGUGGGUUAGAUAUGAGACGAGAGAAACGAGAGUGUUAGUUAGGACGAAUCGAUGUGCGAAGGAGACUCUUCUUGAUGCGUUAGGACAUUCUUUGCGUGGGGGAACUCUCAGUAUCGAAUUCUUUUGUAUCAAUGUACAUGAAUCGUUUAUAUACGUUUUCGAGCGCGAGACUAGGCCAGAACGAGAGAGAAAGGUAGUGCGGUCGAAGAUAUCGGUCGCGAAACGGGUAUCGUGUAAUGAAAGCACAAGAAAAUGGAAAGCGGCAUGGCUCGGAUACGAAGAGCGAUGCGGGAGCCAGGCGGAAAUGAUGCGAGCGAAAGUUUCAGCAUCUGCUAUUUGAAACUUGGAUGUCUCCAAAUCCAAUGUUCGUAGGGAGGUAUGUUGUAUUGGCUCAGCAUCAGGAUCGAUGUCGAUAGUUGCAAGAUUGACUGGAACUCGUAGUGUAUGCAAUUGUGGACAUAAACCAAGCGCUGUGAAUAAUCCAUGGAGGGUGACUUCGGAAAAAGGACGAGCGUCUUCGAAUUCCAGAGUGCGGAUAUGCGGCCAACUAGACAUAGCUUG